AUGGCUUCGAAUUUAUUUAAGACUAUAAUUCAUCUUUUGAUCGUAAAUGAGGUUCUCUCCACUUACAUGUAUCAAUAUCCAGCAAACCAGUUCUACCAACCUGCAUAUUCAUCAGCUUACCCAAAAACGCUGCAGCAACCGUAUCCAGAGUCAUACCCUUACCAGCAAUAUAAUCAAGCGAUAGCAAGUUUCGUAUAUCCGCAACCAGCAAAAAGAACCGUCUAUCCAACUCAUGGCCCAAAUUAUCCGAAGCAAACAUUCGCUAAUCCAAACCAAGAACUAAAAGCAUUCGCUUAUCCGAAUCUAGAAUCGAAAUCUACAUCCUAUCCGAAUCAGGAACUGAAAACAUUCGCUUAUCCGAACCAAGAAUCGAAAUCUACAUUUAGCUAUCCGAACCAAGAAUUACUCACCGCUGAAGUUGCAAAUCCGAACUCCGUACAUCCAAACGUGGAAUCGAAAAGCAAGACUGAUGAUGCAUCACCAAAGGAAAAACGUAAGCCUGCUUUUGAUCCAAAUGUCUUGAACAAUCUGGCAAUCGCUUUACAGUUGCUGAUAGUCAGCAACAUUAUCAGCAAUCCGCCAGAUGCUACUGACACUGGUAAAUUACCUGAAAAACUCGAUAGCUUUAAGCAAGAGUACACAGAAAAGACUCCAUUUCAAACACUGUUCGAAGCGAAUACAAUGGAGUUGCACAGGGCGUUGCCAAACGCCAAGUUUCUUGGUGAAACUGACAUGAUGAAUAACUGCUACCCAAAAUCCCUCCCAGCGAGGGCUGGUGGAUUAAAGUCACCGUACGAAGCGAUAAAUUCUAAUCCAUUUGAAGCGCCAGCGUUCUCGAAUAACGAAUUUCAAAAUCCAUACUCUGCUAUGAUCACGUUUGAUAAUAAUAAAGAAUUGUUUUCAGACUUAUUUUAA